CCAACCCACCCACCCACACACCAAAAAAAUAAAAAUAAAGACUUGUAAGCUAGAAGGUUAGAAGAAGAAAUUAAGAAUGUGGAAAUUGAAGAUUGCACAAGGGCAAGAUGGGCCAUAUUUGUACAGCACAAACAACUACGUUGGACGUCAAAUAUGGGCUUUUGACCCAAAUGCUGGAAGCCCAGAAGAACGGGCCGAGAUCGAAGAGGCCCGUCAACAUUUUUGGAACAAUCGCUAUAAAAUCAAGCCUAGUGGUGAUCUUCUUUGGCGAAUGCAGUUUCUUGGAGGGAAGAAUUUCAAACAAAAAAUUCCAGCAGUAAAAGUAGAAGAAGGAGAAGAAAUUACAGAUGAAGUUGCCACAACUUCAUUGCGUAGAGCUGUUCAUUUCUUUUCAGCAUUACAGGCUAGUGAUGGUCAUUGGCCUGCUGAAAAUGCCGGUCCUUUGUUCUUUCUUCCACCUCUUGUUAUGUGUAUGUACAUCACUGGCCAUCUUAAUACUGUUUUCCCAGCCGAGCAUCGUACGGAAAUUCUUCGGUAUAUAUACUGUCACCAGAAUGAAGAUGGUGGAUGGGGUUUGCACAUAGAAGGUCACAGUACAAUGUUCUGUACAACAUUGAAUUAUAUUUGUAUGAGGAUCCUCGGGGAAGGACCGGAUGGUGGCGAAAACAAUGCUUGUGCUAGAGCAAGGAAAUGGAUUCUUGAUCAUGGUAGCGUCACCGCGAUUCCUUCCUGGGGCAAAACAUGGCUCUCGAUUCUUGGAGUUUUUGAGUGGUUAGGGACCAAUCCAAUGCCCCCCGAGUUUUGGAUUCUUCCAUCUUUUCUUCCCAUACAUCCAGCGAAAAUGUGGUGUUACUGUCGAAUGGUCUACAUGCCAAUGUCUUAUCUCUAUGGGAAGAGAUUUGUUGGUCCAAUCACACCUCUCAUUUUGCAACUGAGGGAAGAGUUAUAUGAUCAACCAUACAAUGAAAUUAAUUGGAGAAAAGUACGCCAUUCAUGUGCAAAGGUAUUAUGCAUGCUUGCUUGUUGGGUUGAGGAUCCCAACGGCGAUUAUUUCAAAAAACAUCUUGCUAGGAUCCCAGAUUAUUUAUGGGUAGCUGAAGAUGGAAUGAAAAUGCAGAGUUUUGGUAGUCAACUAUGGGAUACUGCCUAUGCUAUUCAAGCAGUAUUGGCCAGUGAGAUGAACGAUGAGAUAUCAGAUACCCUUAGAAAAGGACAUGACUUUAUAAAGAAAUCUCAGGUGAAGGACAACCCUUCUGGUGAUUUUAGAGGGAUGUAUAGGCAUAUCUCAAAAGGAUCAUGGACUUUUUCAGAUCAAGAUCAUGGAUGGCAAGUCUCUGAUUGCACUGCCGAAGGAUUAACGUGCUGCCUUCUCUUCUCUACAAUGCCCUCUGAAUUAGUUGGUGAGGCAAUGGAACCUGCACGACUGUAUGACGCAGUGAAUGUUAUUCUUUCCUUACAGAGCAAAAAUGGGGGUUUACCAGCAUGGGAGCCUGCAGGGGCCUCAGAGUAUUUGGAGUUGCUCAAUCCUACUGAAUUUUUUGCAGACAUUGUUAUUGAGCAUGAGUAUGUUGAGUGCACUGGCUCGUCUAUCCAAGCACUUGCUCUGUUUAAGAAGCUAUACCCUAGACACAGAACCAAGGAGGUUGACAAUUUCAUUGACAACGCUGUUAAAUAUUUAGAAGAUGUACAGAGGCCUGAUGGUUCAUGGUAUGGUUGCUGGGGUGUGUGCUUCAUAUACGCUUCUUGGUUUGCUCUUGGAGGGCUUGCUGCAGCAGGCAAAAGUUACAGCAACUGUGCAGCUGUCCGUAAAGGCGUUGAAUUUCUGCUAAGAACACAAAGGUCUGAUGGUGGUUGGGGAGAAAGCUACCGUUCUUGCCCUGAUAAGGUAUACAGAGAACUUGAAACAGAUAACUCAAAUCUUGUACAAACUGCAUGGGCAUUAAUGGGAUUGAUUCACUCUGGCCAGGUUGAUAGAGAUCCGAGGCCCCUCCACCGUGCGGCAAGGCUGUUGAUUAAUUCUCAGUCGGAAGAUGGUGACUUCCCACAGCAGGAACUAACUGGAGUUUUUUUGAAGAAUUGCAUGUUGCACUAUGCUUCAUACAGAAAUAUAUUUCCAUUGUGGGGUUUGGCAGAAUACCGCAAAAAUGUCGUAUUACCAUUACAAAACAACUAAAUAUAUUUGAAUGCUACCUUCUUCAAAGAGAGAUAUGAAAGCAAUCUGCCUAAUAUAUGCCAUUUGGUCCUUAUAAACUUUUCCAGAAAUAACGUUGUUUAUUUUUUGUUGUGUUAAUGUAAGUGAUGUAACAAUGUCAAAAUUCAUAGCCUAAGCUAUUGUUGUAUGCAUUAUUCGUGAAAUAAAGAAAAUUACAAAAUUG